CUAAAAAGUAUCGAUUGUUAUUAUUGUCGAUUUUAUAUAAACGAAGUAACUAUCAGAAUUUAUUGCCUGAAAUAUGAAAUAAUUUCCCUUCAAAAUGGCCACACGGAGUAGAGUCGAGGUGGAGGAGCUCUCCCAAACACGGGGACAAGAUGAAAUCGAAAAAGGAAAAGUUGGCGAAGGUAUUUUCUCGAGAUUUUUCAAAAAAAUGUUUGAUUCUUUUGAUUGUGAAAACGAUUUAUACAUGUUGCUGUUCGGCAUAAAUUUAGGUGUUUGUUAAAAUCGAGACGUUUGGUUUUUUUGGCCAGUGUUAUUUCUCGUAGUACUCUUUUUUUUCAAACAUGCAUUUGUUAAUGGUUUUUUAACUUUCUGUAUUUACAAAUCUAUGAACCAAUUAUAGCUAUUAAUAUAUUAAUUGAUAUACCAUAUAUUAAGUGUCAUUGACACUUUCAAAUUUGCUAAAAGCACGUUGGAAUGUGUCAAAAUAUACAGUAUAUGUAAACAGGUUUUCUGUAAUGGGAAAACUUCGUGUUUGUUGUAUAAACUUUUAAAAUGGUGAACAGGGUACCAGUAUAUGAUGUGUGCUGAAAUUAUCAAUAAAUUGUGGUGAGUUUGAUUAUAUGAAUGAGUUAAUUGUGAUAUUGACUUUAUAAUAUCGUGAUCAAGCUGGGUAAAUUGGCCUUUCAACAAUAAUACUAGAUGGCUAUCUUAUAAACAUAAAAUGGAAUAAAUUUACAUUACCAAUUUUACAUUUACAAGCUUCUAUGAGUUGUGCAUUUUAAAGAGUAUGCUUCAAAAUGUUUCUCCCUCAAUCGAAACUUUUUGUUUUGCUCAUUAAAUAACAUUUGUAGGUGUGGUAUCAAACAAAUUGUUUUGCAUGCGACAUUUUUACCUUUGCCUGUUUCAUUAUAUGAGGGUGUUGAUGCCUUGAUGGGGUACAUAGUGAGUUGUGAUUCACUCAAUUUGGGUUACUGUCAGUUGUGAAAACACUAAAAAUUUAGCGUGAAUCGUGAGGAAAAAGACACUUUUCAAAGAUUUACCGUUAAAAUACCAAAUGUUAAUACCAAGACUUUUACUGUUUACCGACUUUCACACCCCCAUCUGGACCAGUGCCAUAGCAAGCUCGAUAAUUGGAGGGACUGAUAUUCAUAUAUUUGUGUUCUGCGUUAUUAAUUUCUUUUGAAAUCGAUUGUUUUUAUGGUCUGUGAACACGAAUAUAUGAAUAUUAGUGCCCCCCCCCAAUUAUCGAGCUUGCUACGGCACUGUAGACCCUCUUAUAUGGACUCUAUUGCAGCAAAAUAGCUCCAUUAAUAAAGAACAAAGUGACAGUGAGUAUCCUUCAACUAUGGGAUUGCGUCAGAUGCCAACAAAAUUGUGAUAUACUGGCAAAAUUCGCUCUUCGCUGGCCAAGAUGGGUGAAUUCCUGCCCAGAGCCUAAAGUUGCAUUUUUUGCAGCUGUCCCUGGUUAGGUGUAAUAAAUUGUAUAUACAUUUCUACUCAAUAACACCCUUAAACUAUUGAAUUGAGUUACUUUUACAGCUACUUUUAAAGAUGUGGUGAAGUCUGUUCUGCACAUGUGCUAUGUAUAAGGGCCCUCUGAUGUAAACAAUACCCAAAUUUCUCUUUGUUUUGACAUCUUCUAAAUUGAAAACCUAAUCUAUAUUUAUUUAAAAGCAUAGCAGACCAGAAAGAUGUUAGAUAUUAACUCCCGGUAUGUGCAUUAUAUUUUAAGAAUAUAGUAUCUUCAAAAUGUGAGUGGAGGGAGUGUGAAUCGUUUCUGGAAUGACCAAAUAUUUUUUAUUUGUGACUGUCCAUUUCUCAGUUGCGAAAAAUAUAUAAUUGCAUAGAAUUACAAAACUAAAACCAUCCAACGAUAUUACAUUGGAAGACUCAAAAAGUCCUUCUCAUAGUGUCUUAAUACCACCAUUAUUUUAUGUACUCAAUGUGUACCUAUUUUUUAGCUUUACAAAAAUUCCAAGUCCAUGAAGACACAGCCAUAGCUUAUAAGAUGCAAUCUGCAGAAUGUAAGUAGAAUCAUUUUAAGUGGAGUUGUGUGUUUCCAGAAAUUUCAUCUCGGUUCCGGUCUUUUGGGGGUGAAAGAACCUCGGCUUGGUGUUGGUUUCUGUAUUUUCAAGAUAAGGACAAUUCAAAGCAUUUGCUCAAUAAAUUGUAAUAUAACAUGAAAGUAAAUAACUUAUUUGAUAUGUGGGAUGGACUUGUGAAAUAAAUAUAUUCUAAAUAAAAUUAUGAAAAAAAUGUCUUGUUUGCACCUGUCGACAUUUUGUUAUUUUUCCGACACGAAGCUGCGACACGUCGGGAAGCGAAACUAUCACUUCUUUUGUGCAUGCUCAGUACUCUCCCCUUGACAAGUAAAUUCAUCUGGUAUUAGACAGAGUAAAAUAAAAAAACAGGAUUCAUCAAAUCAAGGUGUAUUGCCACUUAAAGGGUUAAACUCAAGAUACUUAGCCAUUGAAACAAUUCAAGGUGAUAUUUUCGACUCUAUUUUAGGUUUGCAAUAUUUUACCUAAUCUGGAUCCAAUUAUUCAUAAGAUCAUGUAAUUCUCAUUACCCCCCCCCUAAAAGACCACGCCCAUUAUUUGCAAAAUAUCUAACAAACCGCCGCCUUCUCCAUUUUCGCAUUCAGAUAAGAAUCACGUGUCCCGUAAUAAGGAACAGAGGAAGUCUGUACGUGCUGGUGUCAGGACGGCAAAAGAAACAUAUCUUGACGAAGUGAGGAAUGCUGGGAUACUUCCUGACAACAGUGUCGCUGAAAUGUAAGAUUAAAUACCCGUUUACACUUGCCAUUUUUGCUGCGAUUUUAGGUACGAUCUUCUUCUGAUGGAUGUAAAGGCCCUGUCACACUAUUGCGUAUCGUACUAGCGUAUUCCAGCGUAUGAAAAAUAUCACUCAUACGCUGGAAGACGCUGACAUACGCUAGGGGUACGUUAGGCAUAGGUUGUAUACGUUUCAAGCACGGUCGCAUACGCUGGCGUACGGCGAGGCAGAAAAUUUUUUUAAGCAUGUUCAAAAAUUUUGUGCGUAUCGGACGUAUGCUUUAUACGAUAAGCAUACUCUAGGCACACGCUGAAUACGCUAGAGGUACGACAGAUGUACGAUACUCAUACGCUGGCAUUUCAAAGGAUUUUUGUGCGUAUGAAAAUUAUUUCAUUAAUUUCCAUACGCUUCUCAUACGUUUCUCUCAUAUGCAAUAGUGUUACAGGGCCUUGAACGAGUGGAUGGGUUAUGAAUGAUCAGACGAGUGCAAGGCUGGAUUUUGGUGGAAAUAGUGGGGGAGGUGGAAAAAAUUAAGGGGAGGUGCAGCGGUCUAGCUCAGCCCCCAUGGAAAGUUAGGGCUAAGGGCUUAGAACGGGCCAAAGUCGACGACGUGACAUACGCAUGUAGUAUACAAUCAUAAAGUAUAUAUAUAUCAGUCUAUUAAUGAAUUAUGACUGUACAUUCAACUCAUCCAAUUUUACCCUUUAUUACAAUUGCUACAAAGUUUCUUUCAAAACAUUGCAUUAAAAGGGUGACUUGACACAGAGAUGAAUGGCUAUCACUGUUUCAAUUAUACAGAAAAACUUUCUUACGACGAAGUGUGCGCACCUCCCCGGCCCUCCCAUCAAAAUCUGGCUAUGGACGAGGGUCUUCUCGUUCGCAUCCUUCAGAAGAUAAAAAUCGCGCUAGAAAUCGCAGCAAAAAUUGCAAGUGUAAACUGGCCUCACUUUUACUAUAUAGAAUAAGAAGAAAAGAUAGGUCGAUACAUUAAGAUGGACUAUUAGCUCGUUUAUGCACAACUAACACACUUGGGUGCGUAGUUCGCCUUGACGGAUCGUUUGGACGAACAUUGAACAUCAAGAAAGCUGUGUAGUAGUCAUGUACCGAUAUCCAUAUCGGUACAUCGCCCCCAAAUUCAAAGUAUCGGUAUCUUUGUUACCGAUAUUAUCGGUAUUGUAUUUGUGAUGUUACUCUGAGUGUGUAUCCACACUGGGCGAGCUUGAAAAAUAUGCCCGGCCACGGUGGGAUUUGAACCUACGACCUUUGGAAUACUAGCCCAAUGCUCUUCCAACUGAGCUACGCGGUCAGGACGGUUCGAAUAAGUGAUAUUUCGGAACAGAAUCUAGUUCCUUCGAUACCAGUGUACUCUUGUAAUAUGAUUUUUUUUCUGUGUUGGUGUUGUGUACUCAGGUGAAUAUGAUAUUUGUGAUGUUACUCUGAAUGUGUAUCCACACCGGGCGAGCUUGAAAAAUAUGCCCGGCCACGGUGGAAUAGAGAGUAACAUCACAAAUAUCAUAGACCUGAGUACACAACACCAACACAGAAAAAAAAAUCAUAUUACAAGAUUACACUGGUAUCGAAGGAACUAGAUUCUGUUCCGAAAUAUCACUUACUCGAACCGUCCUGACCGCGUAGCUCAGUUGGAAAAGCAUUGGGCUAGUAUUCCAAAGGUCGUAGGUUCGAAUCCCACCGUGGCCGGGCAUAUUUUUCAAGCUCGCCCGGUGUGGAUACACACUCAGAGUAACAUCACAAAUAUCAUAUUCACCUGAGUACACAACACCAACACAGAAAAAAAUCAUGGUAUUGUAUUAUUAACAAAUUUAUACUGUGCAAUAUAUUUUAAAUUUAAAGUAUAUUUUGGAUUCCAAUUUGGUUGUAACGCAGCUCAGUCACCCAUAAGUUCAUUAAUCAUUAUAUAGCCAUGUUCAAAGAUAUUCUCAAAUAUCUGUACAAUAUUGUCAAAUAUAUCAAAUGUAUAUACAGUACAUGUAUAUGAUAAGCAGUGGCGUAACUACUAUGGGCUCAGACCGGGUGAACCCGGGGGCCCCCAACCAAAUGGGGGCCCCCAGGCUUAGGUGAUAGGGCAAAAACAUUGGCCAGGGCCUCUGAUAUGUUACAAUGUCGUUUUAUGACCAUCAGAAUUCUGUAAAAUCUCUCCCCAAAGUCCAGGAAAUGGCAUUUCAGAGAGUCAAGAUUCAAAAAUUUUCCGGAUGACCAUGCCCUGGACCCCCUAGAAAACUCGUGCAUAUACAGCGCUCGACUCGUGCCUUUGGCACGUCUACUAGGGGGGCCUUCGAAAAUUUUGAACCGGGGGCCCCUUGAUGUAACGUUACGCCACUGAUGAUAAGUGCUAAUGCAUGAUUGGCUACUCUCAACUCACAUGCAGUUAUGAUGAAGUCAAUUGACAUUUAUGAAUUUCCAAGUAAAAUAGAAUAUCGGUACUGGUUAUCGGUCGGCUCUUGAAUAUCGGUUAAUAUAUCGAUAAAUUUCCAUAUCGGUACAUCAUUACUGCGUAGUCCGUCCUAGUGCUUACAUGCGUGCUGUUGUGGUGGUGUAAGAGAGUUCAGAUGAGACUUCCAUUACCUCUAACUGGCUGACUGCAGUACGCAUCCGAUUGGCCAAUCUGACAUAUCAAACGCAUCUAAUUGGUUCGUCGUUGCGGUAGUUGAACUCAAAUCCGAACUUCUCUGUUAUUCCAGUUGAAUCUAAAUGAAAUUCUAUAAGAAUGUAAAUGAAACACAUGUUGAUAUAUUUCAGAGAACAAAAGCAGUGGCUAGCAGAAGAAUUACAUAAAAGAAUUGAGGAACAGGAACAAUUAGCCAGGACAGAACAGGAAAUACAAAGGCUGAAAGAUGAGGUAAUCACCUUUUGAUCUCUUGGUUUGUUUUGAACUACCAGAGAAAGAUUAAGAAUAUUAGGAUCAAGAGUGAAAAUAGAACUUGUCCACAGAUGAAAUGCUUUCGCUUGUGUAAAUUUCAAUCCAAUAAAAAGGUUCUAGCAAUAAAAAG